AUGUCCGCACAACGAUGGAUACACUGUGGGCUCUGCAGCAGACUGAUGGUAAACAAGGAAACAAAAUUCUACCAUCUAUCCUGCACGGAUAUACUGUGCCGGCCGUGCAUGGCGAAAACAAACCGUGGAACUAGCUGCCCCAUAUGCAACAGCUCCGUACGUCAGUUUACCGAGCUCGGUGAUGGUAUGGGCAGGCGGGAGAAGAUACUUUACCAUCCGUUACCGGUCAGCUUCUACCAGCUCGCCAGCCAAACACUCAUAUUCCAGCAGAAGCAUCGAUCGAAUCUCGUUCGGGCAAUACUGAAGGCACGCGCAUCGUUACGGCGUCUCGACGAGCUGGAAGCGCAGAUACGCCAGCGGGUUAUGGAAACACACACCCGGUACGAAAAUAUGCGCCGAUUACGUCGAACUUUGCAGGAAAGCAUGCGCAAAACAAUGGUUGCGGGUGAACGAAGAAACACGACAGCCGAUACCUUGUGUCCGGUAGCAAUGGGAACAGUUCCACAGCGCAGGAUGUCUACAUGUACACCGUCGCUGCAACCAGCAGUCGUAACUCCUGUGCAGUCUCAGCGCAGGUUUUCCAUUGAUUCGUUCUACCUGGUCGAUAGUGUGAAGAUGUCGCAGGCAAACAAUUCGAAUGAUUCCGGCAUCGGUGUAACACCUUCAUCGGAUGCUAGUUUUGUUGGGAGUGGCCGUUCCAUUUCAAGCAGCACCCCGACGACGAUAACUCCCAUUCCUGCCCCAUACACUGCCCAACGACGCAUGUCUGUUGGAGUCGGUGCUUUGCAAACGAACUUCACACCCUUCAAAGCACCCCGAAGAUACUCAACAGAUACGGUUAAUCAGUUAAUGGCGGGGAAAAGUUUUAACGGAAGUAGUAGUAUGUCCAAUACUGGAGGUACUGGAGGCACCUUAACCAGUUCCUUAUUCAUUGGACCUAAACCUUUUACAACCGUGAGUGAGUUUUAUUCCAACAAUAAAAAAUGA